AUGGGUCCACGGCGAAAAAAGAACAAGACAUCUACCCCUCAGGACGACCCCGACAGCACCCAGUCUGAUAAUACUCUCCCGCAUAAAGUCCCACCUCUCUCAACCACUCAAACCAACAAUCAACCACAAUCCGACCUUGACAAAACCGGCUCUGAUGUGAACCAGCCAUCCAGUGCUUCGAACUCACCAUCAACUUCCAUCUCUACAGCAGACAAGCGAAGCAGCUGGUACAAGGGCGCUUCAUGGCGAUCCAAAGCCAACCCUGUUGCUCAGGCCACUCAUGAAAGCAUCUCGGUAGCUGGAGGUGCCACCAAUGAGUCGCUCGCCGACAGUCCAAAAGCAGGAGCUCGAUUCGUCCAUCCUUCAUUGCGACGCAGUUCCAAGUCAAUCCCCACAAUCUCAUCAGAGACAAUCAAUGCCACAGGCAGCAAUGCCAAACCCGACAAGCCUGCCUUCUUCUCCGACAACAUCAGGAAAUCAAGUGUCGAUUUUAAGAAAUCUCCAAUCAAGGAACAGGAAGAUGACGACACCACCAAGACGGAGCUGAAGCCAGACGAGGGUGCUCAGGAGGGAAAACUCAAGAUGGACGAUGCACAAGUCGGUGCUGCCGCUACCACUUCUUCCUCCACAGACACGAAGCCUCCUCAAACAGAUACUGCUACUGAGGAAACACUACAGGACACACCAGAAGCACCAUUACCACCAGAGCCGACCCAAGAUGCUUCCUCUGGUUGGUUUGGAGGAUGGUGGUCACGCCCCGAUGGUUACACUGAUCACUCUAGGAUGUUGAAAGCCCAGGACGACCGCAAAGAAGCUUCGAGUACGCCUUUACCUUCGACUCCCGAACAGAAGCCAGACCAGGGCACGAACUUGACUGUUGAGCCCAUCAACAUUAACGAUACAAUGCACUCUAUCCGUAGCGUGGGUACCACUGCAUCGUCGCGCAGUUGGUUUGGCUUGUGGAGUAAUGCUCAGAAUCAGCAGCAAGCCGACCAAGAGACAGCCACCACUCCAUCCAAAGACGCAUCGCCAGAUCGACCUGUCCUCGCCGAAGAUGCUAGCAAACCAGCCGAUACGCCGACAAAACAGCCAGCAGCACCUGAGAUCGAGCAAGGAAAAGAGACACCACAGAACAAGUCAUCAGGCUGGGCCUUCUGGUCGCGAGCUCAAGGAAAAGACGAAACCGAGACACCCAAUGGUACACAGCGGCAGAUUGGAGAACUUGCCGUUGCCGACACACCCUCGCAAUCUCAUCCCGAAGCUGCUCAGUUCAACGAGCAGCGCCAGCAAAAGGCAAAGUCGGCCAAGCUCGACCUUUCAACCAACAAGAAUACCAGCUCUACAUCACUUUCGUCUGCCAGUCAGCCUCAGGUCGCCCCCAAGGACGUCGUCAAAACGCCCGACACAGCUAAACCCAUCACUGAUGCCAAAGUUGCAAAACCUCAAGCCCGUCCUAAUCUCGUGAUACCCAGCUUCGAUGAAAGCUAUUCCCCCGAAUACAUACCCUCGUACCGCGAACGUCUCACCACUUAUGUCGCCUCUACCCUUCGUCUAAUCGACGCACCAACCGCUCCUAAGCACGUCUCAAUCACACCCACUCUUCCGAAGAUCAAGAAUGCAAUCGCUAUCGGUGUGCACGGCUAUUUCCCUGCCCCACUGAUUCAAAAAGUCCUCGGUCAACCCACAGGAACCUCGAUCCGUUUCGCCAACUACGCCUCAGCUGCUAUCCGCGACUGGGUACAAACGAACCAGCCCGACACGCCUUGCGAAAUCGAGACGGUCGCUCUCGAAGGCGAAGGCUUCAUUGCCGAUCGCGUGGCUACUCUGUGGAAACUCAUGCUCAAUUGGCUAUCUCACCUUCGUCAAGCUGAUCUCAUUCUCGUCGCCUGUCAUUCACAAGGCGUUCCUGUUGCCAUCAUGCUCGUCCACAAACUUCUUCAACUCGGCUGCCUCUCUCCUCAUGCCAAGAUAGGCAUAUGUGCAAUGGCGGGUGUGAACCUGGGCCCCUUUGCUGACUAUAAAAGCAGAUGGUUGGGUGCAGGCGCUGCGGCUGAGCUGUUCGAGUUUAGCAGACAAGACAGUCGAGUUAGCACAGAGUACAAAGCUGCUCUUGAUGGCGUACUGAGGCAUGGCGUGAGGAUAACUUAUUGUGGUAGUAUCGACGAUCAAUUGGUUUCUCUCGAAUCCUCGACCUUCACAACCCUCACGCACCCUUACGUCUACCGAGCCGUCUUUGUCGAUGGUCGCUUGCACGCCCCUGACUUCCUCUCCCACCUCGUCGCCUUUGCCCUCAAACUCCGCAACCUGGGCGUCUCCGACCACGGCCUCAUCCGCGAACUCUCUCUGCCUCUAGCAGGCUCCCUCUACGGCGGCGAAGGCCACUCCCGCAUCUACGACGACCCUGCAGUGUACACCCUAGCCCUGCGCUUCUGUCUCGAAACCACCGAAUUGCCUUCUUCAACCUUCGUAUCCGUCGACGCAACAUCCCUCCGCUCUUCCCGGGCCGGUCCUCCUGAAUCCGUCUCUGCUGCUAAUUCUCUGCGUCGCGGCAGUGUUUCUGCAUCUGCGGUCUCGGGGAUUCCGCCUUCGUUUGCAGACUUUGAAGUCCCUGCUAGUGGAAGUAAUGCCAAUCCGUACUUUUUACCUUGGGCUUUGAGAGGGAUUCUUGAGGAGGAAAUCGUCAAGGGAGAGGAACUGAAAGAGGAAGUUCAAGCGUUGGUGCAGGAGUUUGAGGAGUGGAGGCCUACGAGUAAAGUCCUCAAGGAUGUGAGGUUUAGAUUAGAAGGGGUGAGGAGUAAACUUUGA